AUGUCGAGUCAGGAAAAGCAAGAACAGCCUAAAAGAGGAUUUAUCGGCUGGGCCAAAAAGGUAAUCAACGUGAUACUUGCCCAGUAUCUUGUCAUCGGGUUUGCCACUGCCUGCGUAUUAGGAUACUUCUUCCCGUCUGUCGCUCGACAUGGAGGCGCCAUCCGGUCCGAGUAUAGCGUCCUCUAUGGCGCUGUCGCGUUUAUCUUCCUUGUCAGUGGAUUACAGCUCUCGCCUGAGAAGUUGCGCAAGAACGUGACGAACUGGAGAUUGCAUGUUCUGGUUCAUGGGAUCAGUUUUGCAGUUAUCCCAGCUAUCGUCCUGGCUAUCGUUCACAUCUCCAUUGCUGCUGGAGCUCUUGAGUCGAAAACUCCUUCACCGCCAAUUCUCAUUGGUCUUCUCACUACAGCCUGUCUCCCAACAACCAUUGCCUCGAAUGUUGUCAUGACACGAGCUUCAGGUGGAGAUGAGGCCGCAGCUAUCAUCUCGGUCGUGAUCGGCAAUGUGGCAGGAUCAUUCCUCUCUCCGCUCCUCAUCUACGGCUUCUUUCCAACUGGCCACCCUGAGGUGUUUGAUAACUGGCGCCCUGCUGAUCCAUCUACCCUGGGAUACAUGUAUGCGGAUGUCGCUAAACAACUUUGUCUCAGCGUCUUAUUACCUCUCAUUGUCGGCCAGGCUAUAAGGUGGAAGUGGGAAGAGCGCACAGUGAAAGUUCUAAACACUCUCAAACUAGCCAAAGUUUCAACAAUAUGCCUCGUUCUGCUUGUCUGGACAACGUUCUCUGGGGCCUUUGGUACCGGUGCGUUACAGGACUUGUCGACCAGCAACGUCCUCUUCCUUGUCUUUAUGAACGUUGCGUUGUAUGCUCUCUUUACCAUCAUCUGCUUUGUCCUCGCGAGACCUCCUCAGAGAUUGAUCAGAAUGGUUUCUUCGUCUUGGCUGAAGAUUUUGUUCCAGCAUACCAGUGUUGUUAUACACCAUUGA